GACGACCCGCUCACCACCGGCCCCGCCGUCACGGGCUCCGCCAAAUCCAAGGACGAGGUGGGCCGCGCGCAGGGGAGCUACACGUUCGCCGACCAGGCCACCUUCGGGCUCCUCAUGAACAUGAACUUCGUGUUCACCGCCGGGGACUACAAGGGCAGCAGCCUGACCAUCUACGGCCGCAACGAGGUGCUUUCGGCGGUGAGGGAGAUGAGCAUCAUCGGGGGCACGGGCAAGUUUCGCAUGGCUCGCGGCUAUGUCCAGGCGAGCACCGUGGACUCCGGCGCCAAGUCCGGCGAGACCGUCGUCGAGUACACUAUCUACGUCAAGGCUGCUGCGGCGUAGCGGCCGCUGCCGGACGGAAAAUAUUGUAAUUUUGCUUGGAAUAAAUGGACUUUUGCAGAUUUGUUGCGUUUGUUA